AUACAUUUAAAAUAUUAAAAUUUAAUCAGUCACAAUUUUUUUGUUAAACUUGUAGAAAAGUGUUAUUUGGUAUCUUGCACAUUUCUUUGUAAGGGCGUGGUUACGCUGAGGGCGUGCUUUCCUCUGUUGUUCAAAUUCGCGAGGAGGCCAAGUUGCUGGCUAGGCACCGUGAAGCAUGGAAUUUAACGACAGCUUUUUAAUUAAACACACCGAUGACUUAAAGCUGCCGGUCACAGGAACAGUGCACAGACAGCAGAUGACUUUCCACUGUCAGCAGUGCAACGCCGUCCUGGCGGACUCCACAGGCGUCUGUGGAGAGAUGAAAAGCAUGGACUCGCUUAUGUGCUUAAGAGUAACCAACGAUGUAGUCAUUAGUGACAAGAUGGAGUCAGAACAUAAAGGGGAAAUGACUAAUUGCAUCUACAGCUCUUUAAAAUGCCGUGGCUGCCGCUGUGCUCUGGGGAAAGUCAUUCACUCAGCACCCUCACGUUUGGCUCUGAUUCGGUCCAUCUUUCUCCUCUACAAAGCAAACAUCAACUGUUACAUCCUCAACAGCAGCUCCUUGGUGAAGGCAUCCACACUCACAUUUGAUCAGAAGCCGCUCAGACAAAGCAUGAAUGAGGUGAGACAACAGUUUGAAGCACAGCUGGAACAGAUGUCACGCAUUAAGAACAGACUGGUAGACAGAAGUGUUACCAGUAAUAUGGUCAACUAGUGUACACAGGACACCCAGCUCAACCUGGGAUUAGGGAAAAUAUGUUCUUCAGUCUGCUGCGUACUGUAGAUGGUUUUUGGUGAUGGUGGCAUUUAUGCGCCUCCAUAUGCUUGUAAAGAAAAUUAUAUCACUAAUAAUGGAUUAGAGCUGAAAUGUGUUUGUUCCAUCGGAAAAUAAAGGGAAGAUCAGUGAACACUAAUAUGUCAGAUUGUAUGUAAACAAUGGAUGCAGCUCCAGCAUUCAAGAGUGUGAAUACUUAAACCGGACACAGACCUGCAUUCUUUAGAAGAACCAGCAGAGGGCGCCUCCUCAUUAAAAAAUCAAUUCUUAAGGUAAAGAUGGAAAAACCCUCCCGCUUCUUUGAUCUGCCGCUUUCCUGUUGAGUUUAUGGCCUCCGUCACUAUUUUUAUGUCUUACUGAAUACAGCAUGAUUGUUUUAUUUUGUAAAUUAUGGCCCCGCUUAGGCUAUAAGGAUACAAAACAAAAUGGUAUGCUUUAUGAUAGGCUAGUUGCUACUGUGUGACCAUGAAGUGUCCUUGGUUAAUCUGUCAGAUUCACCCCUCCCUUCGGAUGUGUUGCUUGCUGACCAGAAUGCUUCAGAACUGGACCUCACUGUGCCAACAUCCAUCUUUUAUAUACAGUCUAUGUUGACAGCUACUAAGUGAAAUUACUUUUUAUUAUUCAUUUUCUUAAUUGUUGUAGGUUAAAUCAGGGCAUUGUUGUGAAAUAUAAACGUCAUUCCACCUGUAUUGUUACUUUGGUUCAAAACAUUGUUGCUGGUACCCUCACAAGGUAUUUGUGAGGGUGGCAGAAUGCAGAUAUUAACAAUUGUUACAGAUGAUAGCAACAGUUGUUGACACAGCUUCUCAGAUCCCUUCUCUGCUGCUGAUAAUGACUUCUUGCCAACGUUUGAGAUAUAUGGUCAAUGUUCAGUCACGCUCAGUUCAGUUCAAUUAAAAUGUCAAAGUAAUCUUGAUUUACUGUAGUUUGUUUGUAAUGGACAGCAUACACUCAGUGGCCACUUUAUUAAGUACAUCUUGCCAGUACUGUUUUUGCCUUCUGAUCUACUCUAAUUCUUCAUGGCACAGAUUCAACAAGAUGUUUGAAACAUUUCUCAGGGAUAUUGGUCCAUUUAGAGAUGAUAGCAUCACACAGUUACUGCACAUCCAUGUUGUGGAUGACCUGUUUCACCACAUUCUAAAGGGAUUAUUGGAUUGGAUUGAGAUCUGGUGACUGUGCAGGCCACCACUACCAGUCUGAACCUUUAAUUAUGAAAGUGAGAUCGAUCCAUACUUGCAUAUUGUUUAUGCCAAAUUCUGACCCUACCAUCCUCUUGUUCUCGUAACUUUCUGUUGUUCAGUUUUUGUAGCCUGAGUUUCCCAUUCUUAGCUUUGCCUUAAUUUUCUUAUGCUUGCAUAAUGACAAUAAGACAAUCCCCUCUUACUGAGAGGAGUGGCACCUGCUGCGAUCAUCUCUAUCUGCUUCAAGGCUGGACAUAUUAUGUUUUAAGACAUGUUUUUUUUUGCAUAGCCUGAAUGGGUGCAUAACUGCUAAUCUAAAUUAUUAUUGUUGACAGCAGUUUCUGCCAUACUCAUUCAAACAACCCUGUCACAUUCAGUGUCAGUAAAUUACUUUUUCUCCCCGCUCUGACGCUCGGUUUAAACGUCAGUAGAUCAUCUCAACAACAAACACAGCCCUCAAUGCUUUGAAUUGCUGCCAUGUGAUCGACUGCUUAGAUAAUUCUAUUAUAAAGCAGUUGAACCUAAUAAAGUGGCCAGUGAGUGUAUAUCUCAUGUAUUUGCUGUAAAUGCUAUUUUGUUAAUAAAGUUAAUUGUUCCCACGAUUUUAGGAUCAACAGUU